AUUGCACUUAACUCGAAUGACAUGAUACGACAUACGAAUAUCUACAGUCCACAUUCCCAACUUCCCAAGUCCCAAGUCCUAAAAUUGCAGGCGUUGAAAGAAGGGAUGUUAGCUCUAAAAUUGCAGGCGUCCUUCUCCUUCCCUGCAACUCACACUCACCGUAAAAACAUCUUCGAAUUCGCCGGUAUCCGAAACCUUUCUCCUUCUCCUUCUCCUUCUCCUUCUCCGUCGACUGUUCUCCGUAUCCCAUCUCGCCGCUUUUCCAUAGUUUCCGUUCAAUCAUCGGAAACUGCGCCGUCGAUUUCUUCCGACUUCACCUCCACCGUUGGAUCCCCUUCCCUUCAUCUCUCACAUCCCACUCUCUCUCCUCGUCACUUCACUGUUUUUAAUUUCCUCGCUUGUGCGGUUGCGAUUUCUGCUACUUGGCUGUUUUGCUCGGCGAUUCCCGCGCUUUUGGCCUUCAAGAGAGCAGCGGAGUCAUUAGAGAAGCUAUUGGAUGUCACAAGAGAGGAGCUUCCGGACACAAUGGCAGCAGUUCGCUUGUCUGGAAUGGAGAUCAGUGACUUAACGAUGGAGCUUAGUGAUUUGGGUCAAGAAAUAACACAAGGUGUUAAGAGGUCUACUCGUGCUGUACACAUAGCAGAAGAAAAAUUGCGCCAUUUUGCAAACAUGACAUCAACAGGUGCCUAGAGAUUGAAUCGUCGGUCGUCCAAAUGCCCAAUGAUUUGGAGAUGGCUUGCACCCUCGCACUUAUGCAAGUUCUGGAGAAGAUUUAGGAGACGUUUAGUUCAAAUAUAGAAAUAGAAAGAAAAUAAAAUCAAGUAUAGGUAAAGUAAUAUUUGUUACUUUUAUUGGUUGGUUCAAUGAUGGAGAUGGAUCACUUGUAAGAAAUGAAAAAGAUUUUAUUAUUCCUCUAAUUUGGGGGUAAUAUUUUGGAAGGUUUGGGUUAUGCUCAAGUAAGGUUAAUGGUUAACCAACUACCUAAAGCAGACAAGGAGCAAUAGAUUCAAAUUAUUGAAUCCGUUUUCGAGUCCUAAAAUAGCUUAACCAAACAAGGCUUUAAGCAUAAUUGUUUAAACUACUCCCUCUGUUUUCGGUUCUAUUUAACACAAUACAUCAUUCUCCGAAUAAAGGACAAUUGAUACACUAAGUUAUACGAUGUUUUUACGAUAUUUUGGACGCAUUUUGCUAAUGGGUUUGAUUUGUAAUUGUUGUCUUUUGCAACCAUAUUAACCUUAGCGGAAGUUCGAAGUUUUGUGAGUUUAUGUUAUAAGUACCGAGCUGCUUCGUUCUUCUCUUUUUAUUUUCUAGUUCAAUUUUAAAGAUUUCAAUUAUGGAAUGGGCUUAUGCUAUGCCGAUUGUAGCUUGAACUGUUAUUGAAGAAGAUUAACAGGAAGCUUCAAUCAUUAUUGUGAGAUCUUUUUUUUUUUUUUUUAUCCAUAUGAGUCACGAAGGCGGUACAACGUACAAAGUACGAAGAAGGGGGAGGGGGAUUCGAACUUGUGACCUAUUGUUCACAGUACCUCAAUCUUAACCACUAGGCCAAGACAUCCUUGGUAUUAUUGUGAGAUCUUUAUUCUCUAUUUAUUUCCUUUGAUUAUGGUUUAAUUUGUAUGAUUGUAUUCUAUAAUUUUAUCAUAAUUAUGCUAGGAACGUUACUAAUUUAAUUGUGUAAUCAAUCUAAUGCUAGAUUUAAGGAUAGAAUCGUUUUUUUUAUUCUUUUAUCAAUUUGUAGCAAACUAGGGAAUAAAUUGAAUACAUAUCAUCUUGGUUAUUUAUCGGGGAAAUUAAACCAAC